AGAUUUAAAACUGAUGUCCUCAAGGGCUUCUAAAGAGCUUAGAGCUUAGAAUGAUCCGUAGCGGCUCCUCUUGCAUCUUCAAUGAUCCAUCCUGCUUUCUGGAGCAAAUCCGCGUAAGUUUCCUCUCUGGGUAGAAGAAGGGAAACCAGAAGUGGCGCUUUAUGGUUCACAAUAGAAGAAAGGAUCUUGAAUAUGCGCGACGCAUGCCAGGUGUAUGAUAAUUUGCCUCAUAGACAAAAUCAGUGAAGCCGACCUAAUAUUCGACCAUUUACCACAACUGCUAGUGAAUAAUGCUGCUCAUACCGCCGGAAGCACCCAAAACCAUAUCCAGCCCUUUGAUUCCUCGCCAUACAACUUUCAUGCCGGGUCGUCCAUGCAAACGCGGCCUCCUCCUUUCGAAUGUUGCGAUGCCCAGAGCUGAAGUUACAAAGGUAUGUAUCAGAAGUUCUUCAUCUAUAUCCUCACCUUCUGGUCCUUGCAAACCAGUACGCGAUAGCUCGUUGGACAGUCACAUUGCCAGGUCCAACAAGAUCCGCUUCAUUCAGAAGUUAAAGACGCUGCUUUUGUCAAAGCCAAAACGUUUCUUGCCCAUCAAAGUUCUUGACAAGAGCCGUGACUAUCUAGCUCUGUCAAACCCACCUCGCUCUAUACUCUCAUUGAUUCAUCGAUACCCUACUGUUUUUGAACUUUUCACCAUGCACACGCCUCCUAUUCCAUUCAAUGCCACGAAACCACACUCUCAGCUAUGCGUUAGGCUCACUCCAGCUGCUGCAGCUCUUGCUGUUAGAGAAUAUGAAAUUAAAUCCAAAAUUAUGUCGGUUUCCUCAGCAUCCAAACUACAAAAGCUUCUAAUGCUCUCAUCCCACCAUAGACUACUGUUGUCCAAGCUCGUUCACUUGUUCCCUGAUCUUGGCUUGCCAGUUAAUUUUCGUUCUCGCCUGUGCAAUGAAUUCCCGGAUAGAUUCAAAAUCGUGGAGACUUCCUACGGACGGGCUUUAGAGCUCGUUUCUUGGGAUUCAAGUUUGGCUCAUUCUUUACCCUCCCCACAUGAUGAAGUUGAUUCUGUUUCGCUCGGGUUGAUUGUGGAUAGACCUCUGAAAUUCAAACACUUGAGGCUUAGAAAGGGGCUCAAUCUGAAGAGACGCCAUCAUGAUUAUCUUAUGAAGUUUAAGGAACUGUCACAUGUGUGUCCUUAUGAAUCAAAAGCAGAGGAUUUUCCUAAAGGGUCCAUUGAAGCUGAGAAAAGGGCGUGUGCCGUCGUGAGGGAAGUGUUAGCCAUGACGAUUGAGAGAAGGACUCUGAUAGACCACCUGACACAUUUCAGGAAGGAGUUUGGGCUGCCAAAUAAGUUGAGGGCUUUGUUGAUCAGACACCCUGAGCAUUUCUACGUGAGUUUAAAGGGGUUGAGAAAUUCUGUCUUUCUUGUUGAAGGCUAUGAUGGUGGUGGUAGGCUGAAGGAGGAUGCGAAGAAUGAGCUAUUGGUUAUAAGAGAUAAGCUUAUACAGCUGGUUAGGGAAGGGAAGCAAUUAAGGAGAGAGAAGAGGAAGGCAUUUUCUAAAGGAGAGGACGUUGAGUUGGUCAGCACAAGUGGUGGUGGUUUGAGCUGCAAUUCAAUGUCGGAGGAAGUUGAUGAGGAGGAGUUUGCUCUCUCUUAUGAUGGACUGGAUGAUUUAUUCGAUGAUCUUGAUGAUGAUCUUGGCUUUAAAGAUGAUGAUCUAGAUGAAGAAUUUGGUGUGCAAGAUGGCAGAAAUGAUGAUUCUGGGAGUGACUCCUUUCCGAGUAUAAGGGAGGAGUACCAAUUUUGGACAACAACUGUGGAAGCUGUUAUCCCUCACAAUGAAGAGGAUGGUCGAUGUUCCAGACCUUGGUAGAAUAUCUCCCUGGGAGCACUUAUGAAGUUAGAAUUCAUCUACGUAAAAUUACAUGAUCAAUCUCAGAUUCUACCUCUGUUAGUAGAGAGAAUUGGCAAAGGGCUCAUAGAUUACAGACUAGUUUGCAGACAAUAUAAACCCAAGGAUCAUGGGGUUAUGUGUAUAUACCAUCUGUUGUAUUUUAAACCUUGAUAUAGUUAUGCCUAUUGUUCAAAGGUGUACUUGGGGUCCUGGGGACCUGUGUAAUAAUUUUUUUAUUGGAGUGAAUUCUCUCUAGGAGUGGAUCUGUGAAUCUGUCAAGUUCCGCUCCCAAGGGGAAUCUUAACUAUAACUGAAGUAAUAAUUUUUUUAUUGGAGUGAAUUCUCUCUAGGAGUGGA